GGAAAGGAUUACAAACACAUUGACAGUAAUCUUAUCUUCCUGAUAGGCUAGUUUAUGAAAAGUAUGUCAUAGCCGUCAGUAUUGUGUGAGACAAAAUUAAUUAAAUAUGAGCGGUGUUUAUGUUGUUGAUUCUGAUGACGCGAUUCAAGUAGCCGGUGGCGAUGGCGGUGGAGGGGUGAUGGUAGCUGACAGCAACGGUGGAGGGGUCAUGGUUGCUGACAGCAACGACGGAGGGGUUAUGGUAGCUGAUAAUAACAACGGAGGGGUCAUGGUUUCAGACAACAAUUACGGUGGAGGCGUCAUGGUAGCUGAUAGCAACGACGGGGGGGUCAUGGUAGCUGAUAACAAUGACGGAGGGGUUAUUGUAGCUGACAACUAGGGGUCAUGAUAAUGAAUUCAGAAGUCAGAUGGAUUAAUGCUGAUGCUAAUAAUGAUGAGUCAGGAGUGUGAUAGUGAAAAUUGCUUUUAAUUUUUUUGUUCAAUAAAGUGCUACUUCAUA